AUGAAAUUGAAAUUGCUGCUUACAUUAGGAGCUGGAUGUACAAUCCCGGGGAUCUGCAGCUCUCCCACAUUCUCUCACUCCGACUCAGACAUGGCCACAGCCGUACAGAACCCUCCGAAAGCGCAGUCGAGUGGAACAGUCAUAAAGAACAGCCUGGGCGAGGAGUUUUAUCGUGAGGCGAUAGAACAUUGCCGAAGCUACAAUGCCCGUCUUUGUGCAGAGCGUUCCAUGCGUCUACCCUUCUUGGACUCACAGACUGGGGUGGCACAGAGCAACUGCUACAUAUGGAUGGAGAAGAACCACAGAGGCCCAGGUGUGUCCCCGGGGCAGCUGUAUACUUACCCAGCUCGCUGCUGGCGUAAGAAAAAACGGUUAAACAUCCUGGAUGAUCCACGUCUGGGACCCAUCGAGUUUAAGAUAGACUACGAGUCUGCCCUGAAGAAGGAGGGAGGUGUUCCUGAGGGACCCGUCCUUGAGUCUCUGCUGAGUGGAGAGACUUUAGAUAAGAAAGUGGAGACGAAGGAGGAGGAGGCCAUGAGUGAGUGUCAGAAGCUGCUGGUGGGAGACUUUCCUCAUGAGCUGGACAUGGAUGAAAUGGAGGAAGAUGUGCCUAAGCGGAAGAACCGCACCAAAGGACGGGCUUGCGGCGUAGGAGGAAUGAGAAAGCGUCAGGAACCGGCCUCCAUAGAGGACAGGGACAAGCCAUAUGUUUGUGACAUCUGCGGUAAGCGCUACAAGAACCGCCCGGGUUUGAGUUACCACUACACUCACACACACCUGGCAGACGAAGAAGGUGAAGAAGACUCGGAACGUCACACUCUACCCUUUCAACGCAAGAACAACCACAAGCCCAAAAAAGCAGCAGAUGGCUCGGUCAUCCCCAACGGCUACUGUGACUUCUGCCUCGGAGGCUCGAAAAAGACGGGCUGCCCAGAGGAUCUUAUCUCCUGUGCAGACUGUGGACGAUCAGGCCACCCGUCCUGCCUGCAGUUCACCGUCAACAUGACAGCAGCAGUGAGGACUUACCGCUGGCAGUGCAUCGAGUGCAAGUCAUGCAGCCUGUGUGGCACCUCUGAGAAUGACGAUCAGCUUUUAUUUUGUGACGAUUGUGAUCGAGGGUAUCAUAUGUACUGUCUAAGUCCACCUAUGUCCGAACCUCCAGAGGGGAGCUGGAGUUGUCACCUGUGUCUGCGGCAACUGAAGGAAAAAGCCUCUGCUUACAUCAUGCUGAAUUAAUCUCCAUUACACGUUGGGUUGCAGCCACCCAGCCUCUGCCUCCACAGCCUCAUCACGACAAACCAACCCGGCAGAUUGAAAGAGACGCUCGAUUCGCAUGAAAGAAACACACAACACCGCAUCAGUCCUGCAGGGAAUUUGCAACCAUCCACUUCCUGGAGAGAACAGGUUCCUUCUUCAUUUCUGGUGCACAGCAGACUUGUCUCCUCUUUAUUCAGCGAUUAAAAAACAAAGAA